AGGUUUUAAAAAUGUACAUCGCUGCUGAUUGCAGCACACUGCUCGGCCAGUGUUGCCAGGUCGGACAAAGCGGCGCGGCCUAAAGCUAGAGAAAUUGUAGCCCAAAUGUAGCCAAACUCAAAAAAGAGGGCCCGCUAAAGUUGGAGAACAGAGGGUGAGAUUCGCGCUCGUUGUGAAAUAAUUUGUCAUCUGUUCUUGCUUUUCUUCGCUUGGUCAUGCAUUGUAGGUCAGUAAAGACGAAAUAUGGAUGAAUGAAAACAUUUUAUGAAGAUUUCAUUUUAAGAACGCGUUAUUUUUGUAGCCAUAUCCACGUUUUAGACGGAGCCUCUUACAACACCAGCCAACACAAGCCUCGCAGUCACGGCGCCACUUACAGAUUUCUCUCUAGGUGUUAUAGUGUGUAACUCGAUGUUUUUGGAUACCGGAUUUGGUGUGUGCUGCUGGUUGUUUCUGCCAUUUCCAAGACCAGUGCUCCCUACCUCGUGUGCAACAUGACAAGCCAUUGAAGCAUUCCAGCUGUCCAGCAAAUGCAGAUGGUGCAGUUACAUGAAGGAUACCGCCACCGCUGUAACUACUGUGCCUGAGAUGGAUAAACUGUGAUCUGAAGUGCUCACCAGGAUCCGUGCAGGCCAGAGUGCGUUUGGAUUCAAUUUGUGCCCUCGAAGCUUCUCACGAACGUUCAAGCUGAAGCAACAGCUGCACACUUGCAUAGCCAAAAGGCCAUUUCAGUGCCCUUCAUGCCCGCAGAGCUUUUAACAAAAAGUUAACCUAAAGCAACACUUGUGCAUCCACAAAAGUGAAAUGCCAUAUCAUUGCCAUUUAUGCCCUCAAAGCUUCUCACGAACGAGGGCUCUCAAAGAUCACCUGCGCAUCCACACAGGAGAGAAGCCUUUUCAGUGCCCCUUGUGCCCUCACAGAUUCUCACAAAAAAGUACUCUGAACCAACACCUGCGCACCCACACAGGCGAGAGACCAUUUCAGUGCCCUUCGUGUCCUCAAAGUUUCUCACGAAAGAGUGCUUUGAGCCAGCACCUGCACACCCACACAGGCGAGAGGCCAUUUCAGUGCCCUUCAUGCCUUCAAAGCUUCUCACAAAAGAUACAUUUGAACCAGCACCUGCGCACCCACACAGGCGAGAGGCCAUUUCAGUGUCCUGUGUGCCCUCAAAACUUCUCAAUACAGAGUAAUCUGAACUCGCACCUGCGCACCCAUUCAGGCGAGAGGCCAUUUCAGUGCCCUGUGUGCCCUCAAAGUUUCUCACUAAAGUGUAAUCUGAACUCGCACCUGCGCACCCACACAGGCGAGAAGCCAUUUCAGUGCCCUUCAUGUUCUCAGAGCUUCUCACAAAAGAGUACUCUGAACCACCACCUGCGCACCCACACAGGCGAGAAGCCAUUUCAUUGCCCUUCAUGCCCUCGGAGCUUCUCACGGAAGAGUGAUCUGAACCGACACCUGCGCACCCAUACAGGCGAAAAGCCAUUUCAGUGCCCUUUGUGCCCUCGGAGACUAUCACAGAAGAGUGAGCUCAACCAGCACCUGUGCACCCACACAGGCGAGAAGCCAUUUCAAUGCCCUUCGUGCCCUCAGAACUUCUCCCAUAAGGGUACUCUGAACCAACACCUACGCACCCACACAGGUGACAAGCCAUUUCAAUGCCCUUCAUGCCCUCAGAGAUUCUCGUAUAAGAAUGUUCUGAACCGACACUUGCGCACCCACACAGGAGAGAAGCCAUUUAAGUGCCCUUUAUGCCCACAGAGAUUUUCACAGAAGAGUCAUCUGAACCGGCACCUGAGCGCCCACACAGGCGAGAAGCCAUUUCAAUGCCCUUCGUGCCCUCAGAGAUUCACACAAAAGAGUACUAUGAAACAACACCUAUUCACCCACACAGGCGAGAAGCUAUUUAAAUGCCCUUCAUGCCCUCAGAGGUUCUCGUAUAAGAAUGUUCUGAACCGACACCUGCACACCCACACAGGAGAAGCCAUUUCAGUGCCCUUUAUGCCCUCAAAGUUUCUCACAAAAGUCGAUAUGGAAGAUUCACCUGCACUUCCACUAAUGUGAGAGGCUGUUUCAGAGCAGUUCAUGUCCUGAGAACUUCUUGUGGAAGUCUCCAUUAAACCAACAGCCACGCAUCCAUACAGGCGGGCGGCCAUUUCAGUGCCCUGCAUGCCCUCAGCAAUCUUCAAAAGUCCUUAGUGAAGGAUCACGUCUGCAUCCACUCGGCAAGAGACCAUGUCAGUGCUCUUCAUGUACUCAGAGGUACUCAUGGAAGUUCGCACUGAACUUCACUUCCACUAAUGUGAGAGGCUGAUUCAGGGCCCUUCAUGUCCUGAAAACUUGUCAUGGAAGUCUGCACUGGACCGACACCUGCUCGUCCACAAAAAGUCCUUGGCGAAGGAUCACCUGUGUAUCCACUCAGGGAGACGCCAUGUCAGGGUUCUUCAUGUCCUCAGAGUUACUUGCGGAAGUUCGCACUGAACCAACACUUGUACAACCCACAUAAACGAGAGGUCGUUUCAGUGCCACUUAUAUUGUCAAACCGUCGGGCACAAAAGCCACCUCAAUAGGCACCUUGCCACCGCAAGUGCACCUGACACGUGCGGUGGCAGAUAUUUUCCUUAGUUUUUUCAUGGACUCUCAGCAUAUGUGUACGCCUGUAGUUGUAUACUAGCAUGAAUCAUUGUAAGUCUUCAUUUUUCAUUAUUAUGUUUAAACUCUUUGUCUUGCAGACAAGCACCUCUUUCUGCAUUCAAGCAUUUAAAUGCUCUUUACUAAAUGAGUUAUGUGAGUUCGUUUCAGUGCACUAAAUAAAAUUUGGGAUUGGAUUUUGCUAAUUAUCGAUAUUUCAAUACUUGCACUAAUAUCAUGUAUGUUUCAAUUCAUUCGCAUUUAUUGUGCUGAACAGUACAAGAGAAUUUGAGUGGCUAUUUGCUAUUGCUAUGUAAUGCAGUUAAAACAAUCUUAUCUCAGGAAUUGAAAUUAUGCAAUUAUUAUGUGCUUUUUUGAUUCCUAUUAUAAUUCAAGUGGUUUCAGUGAUGCUAAAUGCACUGGUAUGAAAUUUUUUUGCCCGUAAAGAUCCGUGCAGACCUUUGAGAACCUUGAAAGUUGCUUCAUAAUAAAACAUUGUUCUCAUGGAUCGAAGGCCCUUGAAUUUUUAUGCA